GGGGCGGUGGGGAGGAAAAGGGAAUGAUAAGAAAGCAGAGGUCAGGAAAUGCCCUGGGCUUGGUAAAAGAAAGCCGCUUUCCUAAAAUCUUGCCAGAUAACGGGAUUCUUGGGCUCGUUGGAAGGGGGACGUGGGGUGUAGUGGAUUAUAGUAGUAACAAGGUGGGAUCGCUCCAAGGUGAUUACGGAUUGGGGAGCGGCACAACCCGAAGGAUCCCUUCGCCUGGGGCAGCGCGGACUAGUGGAUCGCAACCGAACAAAAGGCAGCCCGUGGCGGAAGGGAGUGGAGCUUUAGCAGCGAGUUCCAGCGGGUAACUGAGAAAUCGUGGUUUUUCCUGGGAAAGGCGUAGCUCUGCAGGAAUCCCUGGGCUUUGGCGGCGUCCCCCUCGGAGAGGUAUAAAUAAAUAACCUUCUGGGCCACCACCCAAGAGGGGUGGAGUGCAAGCUGGUGAAGAAGAAGGAAAAGAAAGAAGAGAGCAGGAGAGGUGGACAAAUGAAAGGGAAAAAAAGGAAAUUUUCCGGGGAUUUCUGAGAACUUGAAGCAAACUUCCCGGACGUCGCUGGACAAAAGUGGAACAGGAUCCAACUCCGAACGCUGAGAGGAUAUUGAGUGGUUGUUUUUUUUUUCUUUUCCUUUUUUUUUUUGUGGGUUGCUUUGGCACUGCCCUUUGGCGGAGGCAGCGGAUUGGGGUGACUACAAAAGCAGGAAGAGAGUCGGGACGUUCCUGUGAGUCACUUGAGCUGUGGGAAAAAGGCAGUUGCAGCGCUCUUUUUUUUAGCAAAGAUGCCCAUCCUCAAGCAGUCCCCUGUUUCUCAUUCCAAAAAGAGGCCUCGUCUGGAUCGAGCCAUGAUUAGUGCCCCUUUGGGGGACUUUCGACAUACGAUGCACAUUGGCCGUGGGGGUGAUGCUUUUGGAGAUACAUCAUUCCUCAGCAACCAUGGGGGCACCAAGACCAAUGGGUUGCCUCACGAUGUAGCAGUGUCUCCUGGGUCUCUUGGUUCUCCUGGAGAUGUUUCUGGUUGCUUUGAACUGCUCUCCCCUCCUGGGAGUGGGAAUGGAGUAGUCCAGAGUCCAGCAACAUCAACCCCUGAUGGCAGCUUUGUGGUACUGCAGAGCCCAGAGAAGGCUGAUUGGAAGCCCCCUAAUGGAGAAGGUUGGGACCUGCAACAGAACUUCUCCCUGGAGAGUCCCACACUGGACCACGCUGAAUCCCUUCUCUCUUUCCAGCUGGACUUGGGGCCUUCCAUCUUGGAGGAUGUGCUGGGAGUGAUGGAUAAAGACUGGGAUAAUAUUAAAGGGCAGGAUCAGGAUGUACUGAGGGAUGAGAGCUCAAGCCCACUGGGAUGUUCCCAGCAGGAGGAUGAAAAAGAAGAGGACGAAGAAGAGGAGGAGGAGGAGGAGGAAGAAGAAGAAGAGGAGGAGGAGGGACAGGGCUAUAGUUUUGAAGAUGAACAAGAUGAAGAGAUUGGGUUAUAGGAGGAGGAACAUCUUGGCUUUGCUCUUUCUUUUCCCCACCCUAAGAUUUCUGCCAGCCCGCUCUUGCAGAGUUUUCCAGCCUCUGCUACAGUAGUCAGUAGCUGGCAGCCCUUUGGCCAAAUAUGGCCAGCAAAUGACUAUUCACUAAUCCACCCAUUUAUCCCUUCCUCUUCCCGUAGAGAAGCCUUUUACCUUCAGAUUUUUUAUUGUGGGGUUCACACAGGAAAGCUGCCAUCAGGGGCUGAUGUCAGAAUCCUAUGGCACAUUCCAUGAUGCUACUUCUGAAAAAUAAGUUCCAGAAAGUGCUUAAUAAUAAUCCUUGUUCUUUCCCCACUUCUUGUAUCCCUUCCAAGGCCUGGGACAGUGCAACUUCUUUGUACUGGAAAAAUACGUCUUGGCUUCAGCUCAUCUCUCUAUCUGGAAUCAAAGUGACAUACCACUGAGCCUGUUACGAAACUCUAUCCAUCAUCUGCUCUUAUGUUUAUCAUUUUUUACUUAACUGUCUUAAAUUCCAGCUCUCUAACCCACUGUUGGCUUCCCUCUAUGAACCUGGAAUAUGUUUUGAGGAAAGGUCACCUAAGAGAACAGACUGAGAGAAUAUGAGGACACAGUCUUAACCUAGAGGCACAUGGUUGAAAGUACAGAGUUAAGAGAGAAUAAUAUGAUUUUGGAGGCUCUGUCUAAUAAUCUCCAAGUAUGUAGCCAGUCUCUUCUACCAACGUAGAGGCUAUUGGGACAUUCAAAGGUAUGAAGCCUCCUUCUGCCCACUAGCCUCUUCUCAAGGGAAGGACACAACCUAGCUCAAUAGCCUCCAUUUCAGAAUUCAUUCAGUUUUUUUCUCUUAAACCUGUGGAUCUGUAUAUCCAAGCAGUAUCAUGUAUCCAAGCAGCUGUGGGUUGUCUUCUUAAGAGAUGAUCUUGUGUUAAGACAAGGACAUGAUUAGAGGGAAGACAGAAGAGCUUCACCACAUUUUCUCGAAGUCAAUGAAAAGGAAUUGGCAGGAAGAAUGAAGAAAAAACGUUCAGUUCCUUGAGUGGACUGCAAUUAGCCACAUACCUAGCUGCCUCUGACAAGGGACAGAAUUUUUUGCCAGUGGCCCACCUCAGUGUUUUUUGUUGUUUUUUUGCACCCUGUAUAAAAGAAGCAUCUGUUUUUGUCAACCCAGUCAUGUACAAAAAAGGACAACGUUUUCAACCGAAAUAGUAGCUGGAACAAUUCUGUGUUAUUUUUCUCUCUCUUUUGGCUAGUCACUUUUAAAAUGGAUUUAUUUAUGAAGGACAAAACUUGGAGUGCUUGUGUGGAAAAAAAGUAUGCAUCAUUUUUUUUUCUCCAUUAAAGCUGUGAUGGGGUUGGGUGGUAAGGCAGGGUUGCAUCUGUAGAUAGCAUCUCUAUCCAAUGUGAACUGGAUAACUUUUUAAACCAGGUGCUUUUAAGUUAAUACAAUUCAGUGGGGUGGAAGCGGCAAUAACUGGACAGGGAUUUAUACUGGCCAACAUAUUUUUGAACAACACUUUUAUAAUCCCAGAUCAUCAAAUUAAUAGCUUGUCCGUUUGCCCAUCAGUUAUUUCUUUUACAUUCUUUUUAAAAGUAAUAUUUGGUUACAGCUAUCUUGGCUUCCCUAAAUUGCCCUGUGGGAACAUUGUCAACUCAUUUUUGGAAGUUAAUGGUAAACAGUUGGGAACAAAUCUGCCUGCCUCUGUACAUAUGCAGAAGUGGUGGUACAGCUGUGCUAAGAAUACUUAUAUAGAAAUAAUGCCUUCCCCUUACUGUAACCCUUGGUUACAGUACAGUAUCCAUCCUCCUGUUCCUACUCUAGAUCUGACUAUCAGCUCCUUAGGGCAUUGUUUCUCAAUUUUGGCAACUUUGAGAUGUGUGGACUUGAUCCCCCAGAAUUCCCCAGCCAACAUCUUAAAAGUAGCCAAGAUUGAGAAAAGCUGUCUUAGAGAUUGCUUACAGAUGGAUCUAGUCUAUAUGUUCCUUGAUUCCACCGUAUUUCUACUUUUGUGUUCUUACUCCUGAUUUAUUUAUCGUAAUGGAAAAGGUAUAUAGAACUGUAAUGUAUAGGGCCUUACCUGAAGUAUUUAUCUGCUACAAAAAAGAAAAGUUGUUUUUAUUGCCAGAGUGAGUGUGUUACCACUUCCUGUCUCUGUGCUUAAAUGGGACAAGAUUUAAAUAUGUCAGAAUUAAAGUAGAAUAAAGGUGCUCAGUAUAUUACAACUGACAUUGCUACAAGAUAAGGUAGUGAUCUCAACCUUAGCAUCUUUAAGAUGAGUGGCCUUCAGCUCCCAGAAUUCCCCAGCCAACAUGGGAAUUGAAAUCCACUUCUUGGACUUGAUGCCCACUGAUUUUAAGGUUGCUAAGGUUGCUAAGAUAAGGUAUGUAUAACCUGUGGCUCCCAGAAAUUCUGGAGGUAGCCAGAAGUUGAUACUGGGUUGUAAUUUUUAAUAUAAGAAAGAAGGAAGCAAUACUUAAUUUCACAGAGAGCAUUCGUGCAAGCUUGUGUUUUGUUUAAAAUUCAAUAUUUUUAUCUGGCUUUGAUAGCACAUACCAAUUAAAAAGUCAGAUGCAUCCUUCUGAUCAUAAAGAGCUAAAUAUCUUUGCAGUAGUUCUUAGUUACUUACCCUCUAACAGUCUAUGGAGAUUCUCAGUCAUCCAGGUCAUGGUUGUCCCAAAGGUGCUUUUUCAGGAGACAACUGGACUUCCUUUGUUUUUCCUAGAAGACAUUUCAAUUCUCAUUCAGGAAGCUUCAUCAGUUCUGGGAAGCAAAGUCUUCAAGAAAGAACAAAGGAAGUCCAAUGGCCUCUUGAAAAAGCACCUUUGGGAUUAAACCUCUAGUAUAGCACCAGAUAUGUUUUAUUAAUCUCUGCUUUUUUGUAAGUGAGACAGGCGAGUGUGAAUGGGGGAGUGGGAAAGAUUGUUUAAGUUGUGACCAUGUUUUUGUGCCACGUAUGCUUCUUAAGAAAGCUUUCUUGGCGAUGGUGGGAAACAUGCUUUGUAGUUUUGUUUUGCUGGAUCCCAUGUCCCAGCAAGCAGUUUCAAGACUGGAAGUGAAUAUAAUGGUAGUGGUGUUUCUUAGCUGAAGUUUGGGCAAGGGGGUAUCAGAGAAGCUUAAGGAAAUGGAGGUUCUCUAUCAUUUGGAAUUCUCCAUGUGAGGUAUAAGAAGAGUUUUAAUGUUUGAGGACUGAUUGAUUGGGUUUUCCAAGAAGUAACGUUCAGACAGUUUCAACAGAAGAGCAACUCAGUCCCAUAAUUAAUGUUGGUCAAUCCUCAGAUGUAUUAUGGGUGGAGAUAUCUUCCAACUGCAGACAACUACAAACAGGAGCGAAGAGUGUUUCAUCAGAUAAUUACAAUAUACUACUAGUUAUUGCUCCAAAUAGUGCAUCAGUUCUCAUUUAUGGCAGGAGACUGCUCUGGAAUUCUGGUUUUCAACAACAGAUUCCUUGAAAGUAACGAGAGUGUGAUGCUAUUUAUGAAGAAGACAAAUAAAAAUAUUGGGAUGACCAAGAGGUGAAAGGAGGGGGGAAGAAGUAAAGAUAAUGGGUGUGUCUAUUGCAAAGUUACAGUUUCACUGUUUUAUUCUUCUUUAGUGGGUGAUGCUACCCACCUAACAUAAGCUACAGUUCCUAAAGCAGUAUAUCUGCAUUGUGAAAAUACUCCGAAAGAGGAGUAGGUUUCUAAUUUAUAUAAAAAGAAAUAAAAACGCGUCCCAUGUAUCAGGUUGGGGUUAAAAGUGGGUUCUUGAGUGGUAAAGAUUACAGCAUUCAAAACUCUCAGUCUUGUGAGCAUGACAGAUGUUGUAGUCCAAGCUAUCUAGAUCAGGGGUCCCCAAUCUUGGCAACUGUAAGACCUGUGGAUUUCAACUCCCAGAAUUCCCCAGCCAGCAUGGCUGGCUAUAGAAUUCUGGGAAUUGAAGUCCACAGAUCUUAAAGUUGCCAAGGUUGGGGACCCCUGAUCUAAAGGGCUCUGCCCCAAUGUACGUAUAUUGUAACCCCAAUUUGCCCCUUUACUUAUCUCCACGUUAAAAUAGGGAAACCUGGACAUCCCCCCCCCUUGGUAAGUGUGUUUUAUCUCUGUGAUAUGAUUUUAAAGCUGUUCCAUUAAUGAGGUUUGGUUACUGACUACAAAUGAGAUUGGGGCUGGUCUCUGAUCUCCAGUUUCCUUUGGGAGAAUAAAACCACCCUUUGCUAUUCUCUACUACUACGUGGAUGCAUUUCCAAACCUCGUCCUCCCCAUCCAAGAUUUAAUUCCUGAAACCUACUUCUUAGAUCCCCACAGAUUCUUAGAUUGUUUUUAUUUUUUCAAUAAUCCUUGCGACUGAUGUAGCAAGAUGGCUCUGUAUACAUUACAUUUAUCAUUUUGUAAUAGCUCAUUUUAUGGGAUUGCUAUGUAAGAGAGUGUCUAUACAGCCUCCCUCUUGAUGUGUUUAACUAUCAACCUACUACUAGAAUAUUUGUACAGUGACCAAAAAGUGUUUGAUAUUUCUUGUAAUUAAAAUCAAAUUAGUUUCGGA